AUGGGUACUAUAACCCCGGAUAAGCGCUUUUUUGCGGCGUUGACUCAUAUCGGUGUAGCGACCUUAAUUUUGUCGAAUGGACGAACUGUCAUUGUUAUCGCGGCGCUCUCGGCCGUCAAUUUCCUGAGUAGCUUAAGUACUGGCCUCUUAACCAUUGGCCUUCCACGAAUGGCAUUGGACAUUGGUUUGCCAGAGUACCUGAUAGCAUGGCCAUCAUCAGUAUAUGCAUUGACAAGUGGUUGUUGCCUAAUCAUUGCCGGAUCCAUCGCAGACACUGUUGGGAACCGUAUUAUCAACUUGAUCGGCUGCCUCUUCCUCGGCUGCUUCAUGGUAGCAUGUGGGCUUAGUAGGACUGGCAUCGAAUUGAUCAUGUUCCGCUCUUUCCAAGGCAUUGCCGUAUCCCUCUGUUUGCCCACCUCUAUCGCCAUUGUUGCUGGCAUUACAAAAAGUGGGCGCCAACGGAAUAUUGGAUUUUCUUGCCUAGGGUUUGUGCAACCAUUGGGCUUCUCUCUUGGCCUAGUGCUCGGCGGAGUUCUCUUGGAUACAGUAGGUUGGAGAAUGGGAUGGUACCUGUGUGGUGGGAUAACAUUGGUUCUAUUUUUCAUCAGCUUGUGGGCUUUGCCAAUGGGCAAAAAACUUGAAGGUGGAAUUUUACUAAGACUCAAGCGAGACAUUGAUUGGAUUGGCACAGUCUUAUCGUCUACCUCUCUAGGACUUCUCUCAUAUGUUCUUGGGGCACUCUCGAGUGAUUUAUCCAACAUCACAAUCCCGGGGAACAUUGCAGCGCUCAUCAUUAGUGUACUGCUUAUCCCUGCUUUCAUCCUUUGGCAACGAAGACAAGAAAGAGGACAAAGACCAACCUUAAUUCCCAACUCGCUGUGGAAAAAUAGAAUAUUCACUACUGUCUGCCUCUUGGUCAUAUUUUCUUACGCCGUUGUAAACGCCAUGGAGUUUUUCUGCAGUCUCUUCUUCCAAAAUGUUCAACAGCUCUCUGCGCUCCAAGCAUCGAUACGGAUUCUUCCGAGCCUUGUUGUGGGGUCAUUGGUCCAAGUCUCAACCGGCCUACUAAUCCACAGAAUUCCCGCCUUUUAUCUUCUUCUCUCGUCCGUGAUACUGAGCGCUGGAGCACCACUCCUAAUGGCAACUAUAAAGGUGCAUGAACCAUAUUGGUUCAACGCCUUCUUCGCACAGCUUGUUUCGCCAAUCAGUGCAGAUAUCCUCUUCACUGUUGGCCUACUUGUCGUCUCCGAUGUCUUUCCGGCUCGCACACAAGCAUUAGCAGGAGCGGUCUUCAAUACUGUUGCUCAGUUCGGUACUUCGAUUGGUCUAACGAUCAUGGCGGUCAUUUCGGCGUCCGUUACAAAAAGCUCCAAGUUACAGGACAAGAACUCGCCGGAUGCGCUCAUGAUGGGAUACCGUGCGAGCUUUUGGGCCGCUUUUGCGUGGAUGGGCAUGGCAUGUUUUAUUGGUGGCUUUGGAUUGAGGCGGAUGGGAAUGGUUGGGCUGAAGAGAGACUAG